GACUUCCAAAUAAUUAUAUCAACGAGGGCGGGAAGCCGUUAAAGCAAGCCGUUGGACUUCUCUACCGCCAAUACAGACGCCAUUACUGCUGAGAAUUGCUCGUUCCUGUCCUACGUAUUGAACGCCUGUGAACACACGUAAUUUAGGUAUAUUGGUCUUGCAUGCUCAGAUAUGCAAGCUAAGUACCGUGCUGCAUCCAUGCGUGCUGCGUUGCCGAAACGAUUGUCAAAGUCUGCUUCGUGUUUAAGGUUUUCAUACACCCUGAGAGCCAGCGUCUUCCAUAUUACAACGGUCGACUCCUAUUGCCAGUCAUGAAUCCAUACUCAAAGGAGCUCACCAUAGCCUGUCUAGCGGUACAACGGGCUGCCAUACUUACUAGAGAUUUACUCUCCAUCGUCGACAAAGGUGCCCUAGAAAAAGCAGAUCUUUCACCUGUCACCGUUGGGGAUUUUGCGACCCAGGCACUCCUCAUCAGUGCUCUGCAUUACAACUUCCCGUCAGACCACUUUGUCGGUGAAGAGUCUGCAGACGAACUUCGAAAGAAACCUGCACUGCUCAAAAGAGUAUGGGAGCUCGUUCGCAAUACACAUCUUGACGAUGCUGAUGAAGUGUUCCUUCCGCAUCCGUCCUCCCUGGAUGACAUGCUACGUCUGAUUGAUCUAGGAGGCGCUGGUCAAGGUGGACGCGAGGGCCGAACCUGGGUGUUGGAUCCAAUUGAUGGAACAGCUACAUUCAUCCAAGGUCAGCAAUAUGCUAUCAAUCUUGCCCUGUUAGUCCGCGGAGAACAGCAAUUGGGCGUCAUUGGAUGCCCGAACCUCCCGGCAACUCCUGGCACCAUUGAGGAGACUAGGGUCGAUACAGAUGGCCAUGGCUGUCUGCUCUCCGCCAUCAAAGGGCACGGGGCGUAUAUUCGGCUGAUGACAACUGGAAUGCUUUCGCCGGCAACAUUAAUUCAGAAACAUGCCAACAGUGUCAAAGUUGAAGACAUCAAAGUCACAGAAUGCACGACAACAAGCUCAAUGGUCCUCUCUCUGCAUCGAGAAGUCUUUGAUCGGCUCGGUGCGGCCUGGCCCGGCACUGAUCUGUGGUCAUCGCUAAUGAAGUAUGUUGCUCUGACGAUCGGCGGCUGCAACGUUAACGUGCGGAUUGUGAAAAGUCAGAGCUAUAAGUCUUGUAUUUGGGAUCAUGCAGGAGGGCAAUUAAUCUUCGAAGAGGUCGGCGGGAAGGUUACAGAUAUAAACGGGAAACACAUUGACUUCGGUCUAGGAAGACAGAUGUCUGCAAACUUUGGUUUAGUCUGCGCGCCUGCCAACCUCCACGCGCAGAUUCUGAAGGUGGUCCAGGAAGUGAUAGCAGCAGAGCCACAUAUGGUGGCGCCAUAAAUAGCUAUUUCCACCUUGUACCGUUGGAUCGUCUCGAGUAGGCGGAAAACCAUAUAUUGACCCUUUGACAACAUAUUCACACGAUCCCUAAGAUAGUCCGAUCUAAAGCUCAAUCCUUUAGGCAGUGCAGGUUAUGAAGCAUACGCCCAGUCAUACAGUCUUGGUUGAUCUUCCUAGGUCCUCAGCAUCGGAUAAACAAAGUCUC